AUGCCUGUGAAUAACAUCAUCGUCUUUAACAAUUACUUUUAAUAGAAAUAGGAUAAUAAAAUCAGAACAUAAAUUUCUAAAUUAGAUUUAUAAAAUAAAUAAAUGGGAUAGCAAGGGAAUUAAAAGUUAAAAUGUUAGCAAGAUGAUCAUUAGGAUGAUAUAGAAACGAUUUGCUAUAAUUAAUUUUGUCAAGACUUCAGAUUAAAUUGUUUUAAAUGUAAUAAGAGAAAAAUCCAUCUUGAUCAUUCGAAUGAUGUUGAAAAAAUCAAUAGUUUGAUUGGAUUUAUUGAAAAUACGAAUAAAGUAUGUGAUAAUUUGAUUGAUGAUCUUAAUUCAUAUGUAGAAAAUCUAAAUCAAUCAUUUUCUUAAUUAAAAAGAGGAAUCAGAUUAAAAUAUUCAAUACAAAAAGAAAGAUUAAUAAAUUUAAGCUCAAAGCAAUUACAUGACUAUUUGAAUUCAACCAUAACACUAAUUGAAUAUAAACAAUCAGUGAAAUAAAUCAUUUCUGCUUAGGCUAAGAAAUUGACUCAUACAUUUAAUAAUUUAUAUGAAUAAUUAUAAUUAUUGUCAUUUAAUUAUUAUUAGGUUGAUAGUAGUUCAAUAAAAUUAUCAGAAGAUUUAUAUGAUAAAGGUAAUUUUGUAUUAUAAUUUUUAGGUUUUGAUUUAUUUUUGAAAACUAAUUAUUCAGAGGCAAUAGAUAUUUUAGAUAUGUCAAUUCAAUUUAAUCCUAAGAACUACUUAUCUCUGGGGUGCAAAGGUGAAUAUUAUAGUAAAAUUAAUAGGUGCGUGCUUACGAAAGUUAAAUAAGUAUGAGGAUGCAAUAAGUUGGCUCAAUAAAAUAUUAUCUAUUAAUCCUAAGCAUAUUUUUUCCAUAUUGGAAAAAGGUUGA